GUAACCAUUCCUGAGGGCUGCCGAGUCAAAAUUCGAAAAAGUUGGAAAUAAAAACCAGCCUAACUCACACUUGCGUGGAUGACGCGGAGCAAAGUGCAGCGGAUACUUGCCGGCGGUCCGACUACGCCGGGUCACGAUCACUGCCACACGAGCCACGAGAGACGGGGCUCAAACAGCGCGUGAGUGUGCAUGGCGUGUACGCUAGCUAGUAGUCGACGAGUGGGGAUGAAAUGUGAAUGAUCCUAGCCGGCGGUAGUGAGGGAUAACGGCAGGGAGAGUGGGGGGCGCCGCUUCGGAAAUGGCCGCGGGAAAGUAGAAAGCGGUGUGCGACGGUGUGUUUCGACGGUUCCGACCGAUGGAUCGGCUUGUAACCAUACGUGAGAGAUAACCGAAUAUGUAAUAAUUCCAUAAUCGCGGAGCACGGUGCAUGUUUUAACGAGUAAUGUAAGGGCGGAAAAGAGGCGGUCGAAAAACCGGAAAAAAAAAUUCGCUACUCGGUUUUUUCAACACCGAUUCAAUUAUAGAAGGGCAAAAAGUCUUAUCUUUCUUAUUCGUAUUUAAUGAACGCUUACUCGCCGUUAUCACCGUCAUUAUCAGCCCUGUGUUUCCCUACGCUUACGCACACCGCCGCCGAGGGCAUAUUAUUCAAGAAUGGCCGGGGACAGUGCUAACAAUGAAACGAAGGAGCGGGGCGAGCAGAGUGCGUCAGCUCGGGGGGAGCCGCAUUCCAGAGUGGGCGGCACGGUGGAAUGUGAUCAUCCACCUCCCGAUCCACCCGGUAACAGGAAUUCAUCCAGCAGCAUGAACACGAUAGCAAAUUGCCGAUACGGUAUCACGGCCUCUUUCAUCCAAAUUUGCCAGAUACGUCUUCAGUAUUUGUUUCCUCACCUAUCCUCGCCACCGUUGCGCUACAACACUUGCCAAGAUUCGGUGGAACUGACAGCAGAGCGUCUUGGCAACGAUGUCAUACGCUAUCUGCUUAAAGAAGAUUUAUAUCAGGUGUCAAAGGAUCCAGUAUCCAGAAGCAUGCGGCAUAACGUACGCCUGAUGCUCAAUAAGCACAGUAUACUAUUCACCAGUAUGGUAAACAGACUGAAUGUUGUUCCUGAUACCGCUUACGAGGCUUUCAUGGCCGUUGCCGACGAACUGUUCUACAAUGGCGGAAUAACCUGGGCUAGAAUUGUUUGCCUGUAUGCUUUUAUGGGGAGAUUGGCUCUCUGGGCUAGGGACAGAAGGAUGUACGCGUUGAAGAAAAAAUUACCCUCUUAUGUGUCGAGGUACGUCAGCGAAGAAAUCGCCCAUUUCAUCAAGGGAUAUGGAGGAUGGGAACAACUUUGUAUAGAGUAUCCAGUUGCCGAAGAGGUCAGUGGAGCCAUUUGGCGCAGUCUACUAAUGACUGGUGCAACCCUGGGAUUGAUUGCCAUAAUUCUGACUGUAGCAUCUUAAGGUAUUUAAUCCAAGGUAAACGUUGAAUAGUAAUUAUACUGAAGAAGAGAACAAUGAAUAAAGAACAAAUUUUCAAGUACUUAUAUUCUGUGAUUAGAGUCGUUGAAACAAUUUUCAAAGAAACAACCACGUUUCAAAAAUUUCUCUUGCAUUUGUUAGAAUGUCCAGUGACUGGAUUUUAAAGUAUCCAAGCCAAUAUUUCAUUUUUGACACAUUUCUUUAAGACAAGAUAAUCCCUCAAAUUGAAAAUUUCCCAACCAUUAGACAUCUUGAAGUUGAUAUAAACUCAUUACUACAUGUAAUAAAUGUCGACAACUAAUAUGAAUGUUUUAUGAAAUUUGUAAGAGUAACGAAUAUUAACAAGACCAACGAAUUUAAUUGUAUUGGAAUUAUAAUAGCGCCAUCUGAAAAAAAAUUUGGGAAAGUUCUUGUUCGUAAUUUUGUCAUCCUACCAAACAAGUUUCUCUAUAAAUUACUUAUUUGUGGAGCCUGUACAACUUGUAUAUUCAGAUAACUUACAUUAACGACAACGCAGUGCGAGUUUGCUUUUGCAUACGGUAACAAUACUAUAUUGCAAAGGAAAUUUCUCAAAUAAAGGUAAUAGUGAUGAUUUUUUACCUUUAAAUAAUUAGCUUUAGCUUCAGCCUCGGCUUAGCACAGAUAUCGGUGAAAAUAAAUAACUUUAUGAAGUAUAAGUAGAAGGAAAAUAAUUAUAAUAAUAAUACUCAAAAUCAAUUAAUCUGAUCUCAAAACCAACAAAAAAACAAGAAUCUCAAAAUUGUAUUGAAUUUAGGUAGAAAGCAAACUAUUUGUAUUUAUUUAUAAUUUAUUCUAGGUAGAAAAUAUAUUAAAUAACAAAUUUCAUAAAUGAUAAUGCUCUCAGAAUACAAGGAAGGAGAACGUCAUGUACGAUAUUCAAUCCUUGUGUUUUGGGAUAGCAAUAUAAUGUAUGUAUGCUUGGCCAUUAGUGGUUUACAGUAGCGUCUGUCCUACAAAUUAUAAUCUAAUAUGUAAUUUAAAGAUUUAUAAAAUGUGUUGUAACAAUUUUUGUAUGCACGAUAAACUCUCUAUUUUUUAGUUUUAAUACCUUUGUCAUUGAAGUUUUUGUACGAACUUAGAUUGCGAUAAUAAACACUUUUAAUAUCUUAA